AAGACGAGAGAGAGAGAGAGGAGUACACGAUCUCAUUCAGUGCGAGAAGAGAGCUGCGAGCUCGCUCCCAUGGCGUUCGAGAUCCCAACCGCCGUGAUACGAGACCUCCAGAUCCGGCUUCGGGAGCACGCUUGCAUCCAAUCCUACGACUCCCCCACGCCACCCCUCCCUUCGAUCGCCGACGCCGUCGCCUGCUUCGAUUCCUCCCUCCCUACCCACCUCCGGUGCACCAGAUGCCGUGCGGGGCUCCUCCGAGGCCAUAUGUCUACAAUCUGCGUCUUUUGUGGCGCAGAACAGCGGCGGGAUGGUACCCCUCUCACCAUCUCCUUCAAUUCCACUGUCGGUUGCCGGAAUCUCCUCGAUUCCCUCGGCCUUGAUGGUUCCGAAACUGUCACUUUGGAGCCUGAAAUGAAUGAGUCUAGUAAGAAAAGGGAUGCGCCAAAGGAUGAGUUGGUUUUGUCUGAUCUGUUAAAUCUGGAACUGAAGUGGCCUUUGGAUCCAAAGGUUGUUGAUGAUGACAGUAGCACUAAGCUGGCACCAUCCCAAAGUAUGCCUAUAAUGAACUUGUCUGGUGUUGAUCUGGAUAAUUUUUUUACUGAAAAUCAGACAGCCAGUAAUGCCCCUGGUUCAUCAUAUGAGCCAUUUUUACCUGAAAAACAGACUGGGAAUCCAGAGAGUGAUCGAUUUUCUGAUUCAGAAAAUAUGGCUUUCUCUGCAAACCUUCAUUCCUCAGGUGUGAUUAAGAGCUCUGUGGAUAGUAAAGGUAACCAGUUUGAAGGAUCUUUUGCUGAUUGGGAUGCUGAUUUUCAGUCUGCUGGUUCUGAAAGUUUUGCUACAGAUACCAAGACAGUAGACCAUUUCAAGGUUUCUCAUACUGUCAAGGAUUUUGAUGCUGAAAGUAAGUCAGAGUACCCCAAUCUAAAUGAACAUAUAGAACUUGAAAGAAACAGCAAAGCUAGCAGUAGAGAAUCUACAAAGGGUGGGGGUGAGUUUUCCUUAAAUGAUAGCGGGGCAGAUGAUUUCUGGAGUAAUAUGAAGACAGAGGUAUCGAAUGCUUCUGGUCAAUCAAAAAGCACAUCACUGGAUGAUAAUGAUGUCUUGAAGAACCAAACAAACCACAAAAUCUCAAUAAGUGAUAAUGGGACUGUAGAUAAUUUGUGGCCUGCUAGCAGCAACAAUGAUUCCAACAAUACAAGAGGUAUAGAGGAUAGCAAUGACUUAUUUGAUGAUUGGCAGGAUUUUACUAGCUCAGGAGUGCAACUAGAUGUGUCAAGUUCGCCAGUACAGACUGAUAGCAAAAUGUCCACAAAAGAGCAAUCUUUACAAGCCGAUUCAGCAAAUCUGCAAGAUAUUGAUUUUGGGGACUUCUUUGUUUCUAAUGGCUCCUCAGAAACUCAAGUUGUCCAUAAUUCUGCUAAAAAGGAAUUGAGUAGUACAAAAGGCAUGCAGGAAAAUAGUGACAUUUUUGAUGAUUGGCAGGGCUUACCUCACUUUGGAAAAGCUUUGACAGAUAUUCCAAAUGCUCAAACAAAAACUGGUUCAGGAACCACUUCACAUGAUCUUUCUUUGGAAACAAAGCCCACGGGUGUCCAAGAUAUAUCCUUUAGCGACUUCGUGUUUUCAGAUUCCACUUCCAGAUUGCAAGAUAGCCAGGGUCCAAGUAGCAGCAGAAAGGAAUUGGAUGUUAACAGCCUAAACAGCAAUGAUCUUUUUGACAGCUGGCAGGAUUUUACCAGCUUUGGUGCUACACCAGCAGGUUCACUGAACUCUCGGUCCCUUGCUGGGGUUGGGACUUCUUUGAUAGAGGAUUCCCCAGAAACGAGCUCAACAAAUCUACAAAAUACAGAAUUUGGUGGCCAUUUACAUCCGAAAGUCUUGUCUGCAACAGAAACCAGUCAAAAAGUAUCAGACGAGACCAACAGCAUGCAGCCAAUUGCUUCAGCUGUUCACAGGAUGAAUGUGAGACAGGAGAAGAUCGACGGAGAUUCUACGACCACUGGUGCCCUAAAUAUCUAUGACUCUUUAUCAUCAGCUUCGCAACAAGAAUCAGCUGAGGCUACUGUAGAGAUGCUAUUGUCCCAGAUGCCUGACCUCUCAUUCAUGCUCUCCAGCGACCUAUCUAUUCCUAAAACUACCAAUAGUUCUAACUUUAAUUCAUCAUCUUAACUCCUAUGAAAUUGAUUUUGGGUUCCAUGCUGUAAUGUUUAUGUUUUGUUAUUUUACAUACAUUAUAGACUUUCUUUUAAUCAGUUCAACCAGAAAGUUUUGGAAUCAAAAAACAGGUGACAAAAAAGAUUCAGACAUGAGAAGAGUUUCUGAGAGGAAUUAAGAUGAUUAUUGUGUGAACGUUAGAGUUUCUGAGAAGAAUUAAGAUGAUUAUGUGUGAAUGUUUUAUUGUAAAUUUGGUUUUGGGAGAUUGGUUGAUUUUCUUCAUUUU